UAAAACAUAAUUUCCCUCAAAUUUCAAUAGACAACAUCGGAACACUUUCUGUUCGUGAUAGUUUGGUAUCAUCACACACGCAAACACAUAAAUGUCAAGUCAAACUAUCACCAUCAUGCAUUUCCUCAUUCAUAACUUAAUAACUCCAACGCAAUUGUUCACCUACACGAGCUAUUUGAGAGUUGCUAUCGCUGUUUAUCAGUUAUGAGAUAUCGCGUGAUAACGCAGUCGAAAACGCGCCGCGGGGCGGUGACGACGCCACCAUGGAUAACGAUAAGCCAAGGAUCUACAAGAGGCCUGAUGUCUUGAAGAAAAUCAACGCGGAACACAUUCUCGCUAUAGAGAGAGGCCUGCUUGGCGAUUUACCUGAUAGACUCAAGCCGAAACCGCCCGAACCUGUCCGAGGACGCCCGAACGACCUCCAGCUUGUAACUUACAGACAGCCGGGUUUACUCUCAGCGUGCCUUCCUGUUGUAAUAGAAACGCCUAGCUCGGCACCGCUCACGCCAACAGAACCGUUCGACGAUGAAGUCUCACAUCUGAAGAAAUCCUUCAGUUUCAGAGACAAACUUUCUAAAAUCAACAUAUUUGGAAACAAGGACAAACCAGAAAAGAACAAAUACAAAACAAUUGAAGAGGAUGAGAUUAAACACGAAGAGUACAGAGACAAAGAUAAGCCAAGGAUGGAUAAAUCGAAGCGGCAAAGUGAGCAGGAUAGUAAAUCUAACAAGCGUUUCUGGUUCUUUCGAAACAAAGAACUUUUAGAAAACAAAGCGCAUAGUCCUGUGUAUAAAAGGAGUAAGAGUUUCGAGUUCCUACCUAGAGCGUUAGAAGAAGAAGAAGAAUGCUUUAAGAAACCAACUUUGUCAAGGAAUCAGUCUUAUGUAUUUGGCAGUACUGAUACAAUGGGAGACGCGUGGACUUCAAACGAGAGUUUAGAAUACAUAUCAAACGUAUACUACGACAACGACGACUCGGUAUUCCUUAAAAGUAUUAAAGAGUUCCCUUCAGAACUGUCAUCAGCUAAUAAUUCCAGUUUAUCUAAUGCUACAUCAUCUUCCAGCGGUUUGGUAGCGAACAUUUUUAAGCGUGAAUCAGUGCAGGACUUAAUAGACGAAUUCGAAAAAACUGUGGAUAUGUUCAGUGAGAACUAUUUAAGUGAUUGUGAAACGUAUACAAAACCUAAGAAAGAAGUAGUGCAGGGGCAUCGUCGAAGCUCCAGCUUUGAUACUUUGUGUCAACAGUCUCCAAAGAUCGUGCCAGUAUCUAAAGUGGAUGAGUUGAGUGAGGAUUUUAAGAAAGAGUUGUCGAAAGCUUUGGAAGUGAAGCGUGCAGUGCGUUCGCCGACGGGCCGGCGUGGCUCCGUCACGGACUGGUUUGUGCUCGAGGACCCUGUGGUGCACACGGAGGACCACCGAAGAAAUCAUGCCCUGCAUGAGAUGAACAAGUAUAAAAGGGCUCAGAAGAAACCGGUUAACAGGGUGAGAAGGAUCAGCUCUACAAAAUAUGUAAGUGUUUUUUUAGUCUAA